UUUUGUUUAGUAGGAAACGUCAGGACAGCCAUCUAUUUCUCUUGACCAGAAAUAAUAACAAAAACAAAACGCAGUACUAUUAAAAUAAACAGAAUUAAGCAUCUUUCGAGACUCCGCACCGUGUAAAGAGUCCGAGGCGCCUGGAAACUCGAGGAGAGCAGAGAUGUCAGAGACAUAUGAUUUUCUGUUUAAGUUCCUGGUGAUCGGCAGUGCCGGCACGGGGAAGUCCUGCCUCCUUCAUCAGUUCAUUGAGAAUAAAUUCAAACAGGAUUCGAACCACACGAUCGGAGUGGAGUUUGGCUCCAAGGUGGUCAACGUGGGAGGGAAGACAGUGAAGCUGCAGAUCUGGGACACGGCUGGGCAGGAGCGGUUCAGGUCUGUGACUCGGAGUUACUAUCGGGGUGCUGCUGGAGCUCUUCUGGUCUAUGACAUCACAAGUCGCGAGACGUACAACGCUCUGACGAACUGGCUGACGGACGCGCGCACCCUGGCCAGCCCCAACAUCGUCAUCAUCCUGUGUGGAAACAAGAAGGACCUGGACGCAGACCGUGAAGUCACGUUCCUGGAGGCGUCUCGCUUCGCUCAGGAGAACGAGCUGAUGUUCCUGGAGACAAGCGCCCUGACGGGAGAGAACGUAGAGGAAGCCUUUCUGAAGUGUGCUCGGAACAUUCUGAACAAGAUUGAGUCAGGUGAGCUGGACCCUGAGCGGAUGGGUUCUGGGAUUCAGUAUGGAGACGCCUCCCUGCGGCAGCUCAGACAGCCCCGUGGAGUCACAGCACAGAACCAACAGCAGUGCAACUGCUAGGGGCUGGCCGGGACAUGCACCCCACACAGGGCCUGGGAAAAGUGCUGCCUCUCCACUGGUUUCAAAUCCCCCUAGACUUGGGGAGGGGUGAAUCUCAACCCUUUCUGAAAAACAAACCGGCGCCUGAAAUGGUGUGCCUUGGCCCGUGCUCUCCUUUCCACCUUUCCAGCCCUCCUGAUCUGUGGGAACAAUCGCCCGCAGAGCCCAGGCUACCCAGCAUGGGGGCAAUGUGCUGGUAGACAAGGCAGGCCAUCUCUUUGUGAACCACUCGGCUGCUGCUAUCCACCGAGCUUUGAGUCCCAUACUUCCGAAUAGGGCGGCACAUAUUUACGAAACUUUCACCCACACUUGUGUCAAAGACUUUUAUCCAUAACAUCAACCCCUCAAUCAGGUUUAACAUAUUGUAAAAAAAAAAAAGCUUUGUUCAAUGCCUUUGUCGGUUUAAAUAAAAACCAACGGGGCCCUAUAUCUUAAACCCCUCUCCCUGUCUUAUAGUAGUUAGUUCUUUCACACUUCUGGCUUAUCAUUGGCCUCCUGUGUUCUUUACUCGUUCUGUGUAGGUUUGCCCCUGUACAAAGUUGACACUUCCUGGUACCCAACUGUUUCCUGUGCUGUAGGUCACACAGUCUGAAACCAUCUCGAAUAUUGCCAUGAAACCGACUUAGAUUGGUACCACAAACAGCAGCACAUUUGUAUUCUGCGUUAAAAGCAUAACAAGUUAAAACUGUUAGAAAAAAAGUCGGCCAGAAACAGCUUUGGCUAAAGCCUUUGUCUACUUGACUUAGUUUCUUACGAGAGGAUUUGAAUCGAGCGUUAUGAAGUUACGGAUUAUAAGAAUUAAAAGGAAUAAAAUGCAAAGUACCAAAAUAUAUUCACCACAAGAGAGGCGAACCAGUGGCUGUGUUGCUAAUAAAAGGUAAAACAAUUCUCCCCCUUUUGAAGAUGCCUACUAAAAUUGUGUACAGUUGUAAUCUGUAUUUAUUUAAAAUGCAGGUCAUCAUGUACAGUGUUACGUUUGCAGCUGUCGAGUGGUUAAGACAACAGGCUUUGCACUGGUUUGUUGGUUGCUGUUUUUAGUGGGCUUGGCAUCUGUAAUGUAGCCAAGCAGAUUCAAUACACAGCAGUCAAUGUUCAGUGCACAUUUCAGACAGUAAUAUCAGUACUUUUAUCCCCCUUUUUAAUUUUUUUUUUUUUUUUUUAUAUAUACCUUAAAUUGAAGGGUUUUUUUUUUUGUUUUGUUUGAGAAAACGGAAACCCGAGUUGUACUAACUUUCUAACAAAAAAAUGUAAAGUUUGGUUUCGGUGAGAUCACAGAUACGUACUAUCAAUGUUUAAUUUUACAUGGCAGCAAGGGCCCCUCCUGGGGAAUGCUUGUCGUGGUUGCACUAGCAACGUUGGCAGGAAUUGCAGUUGGUUAUUCUUAAAGGGAAUAGAAUUGGACGUCAGAACUUUCUGCCUUUUGUGUCUGAUUGGCUUCAUUGAGAUCAGUUAGUCCACAGAUCUUGGUUAGCUGAUUGGAUGCCCAAAAGGUCGCAUAUAUAUAUGAAGAGCCCUUGGAUUGCAGCUUAACAUAAAACAUAAUUUACCACAUCUCAUAAACCAUGUUUCUAAGAAUGGGCAUAACGCCCUGUGUGUGAGUAGGUGCUGUAAUAGGUUACAGGUGGUGUGGUUGCUUCACGUUAGUGCUUGUAUCUCCAGGUAAAGCUAGGAGUUGUAUAACCUGAACCAACGCAUACCAGUCGACCAGCGGCUUGCCCCCUGUUGUCUUUUAUUUGUCAAAGAAAUAUAAACUAGGCACUAAUAUGUGACUCCGACACCCUUCCUUUUAUUUUCUCUCUGCUGUUCUCUCUGCCUCUGUUAUGCCAACAGAUAUGCAGUCAGGUCUAGUUCCUUUUAAAUCCAAAUCCUGAUGGUUCAAGUAGUUUUUAAAAAAGUAUUUUAAAUAAAUCAUGAGUUACAGGGCUGUUAUAUAAAUACAACCCACAAACUUUGCAACAUUCCUCAUUCAUUCAGCAAUGAUUCUUGGUACUUAAGCACUUCCUCUUGCAUAGGUCACAUGGUCUGAUUGCAGUUAGGCCAUAGCAGUAAAUCUGACCCACAUCACAGGAUGUGAUAGGUAUAGGCAUGCAUCAUGCAAUCUGUUGUGUUUUUAUUUUUUCUGAAAAUGCAGUAUGCGCAUUAAACAAACCAAAAAUAUAUCUCAAUAAAGGUGUUGUGCAAUACUAAGAAUUAAAUCAAUCAUUGGCUAAAAGUUUAGUGAAUUGGGUCCAAAAUGUUUUGUAAUGGAUUACUGUUCAACGUGAAUCAUCAGGACUUGGGAGUUGAGUGCAUUCCUCUGUUCACGCAGUCACUGCAAUAACACACUUGAAGUUACCAGUUUGUAACAGACAGUCCGAGUCGGUCCAUUCCAAAUGCACUCUUAUUGUUUAUUUUAAACACUCUAACCAGAGACUAAUGUUGCAAAUACUUGUACAGUGAUUUAAGAAAAAGAUUAAAGUAAUAAAUGUAAAUGCAACAUUUCUUACUGAAGAGUAACUACUGGGCCUGCUGUUACAGCUUUCUAUUCUACUAACAUGCAUGGGACAUGCCCAGUAAACUACAACAGCUGCAUAUCUGCAAUUGUAGAUCCUUUUUCAUGAUCUUGUUGCUGUGGGAGACUGCAGUGCAUGCCUGUUCUGCUUGGCUUGCUCCAUUGGCAGAUGGUGAGAGUGGUGGUGUAAUGGAGGAUAAAUAUCAUUGGUUUAGGAUGGUGCACAGUGCUUUAAAAGUAAUAUCUGGUGGGGUACCAGAGUGGCAUUGUAAUGAUAGAGGACUGUUUUUUUUUUUUUUUUUUUAAAUCUCUUGCCCAAACAUCUGUCUUUAAAAAAAAAAAAUAAAUAAAUAAAUCUCAAUCUCGCCACCUUAAUUAAAGAAACAAACCUGGUAAAAUGGGAGACUAUCGGAAGAGGCUCACUAUUUUAACAGGACACCCUCUUUUAGCACCACCAGUGUGGCUAGCAGCCUUACACCAAUGACUGUGUUGAAGCAGAAUGAGUGAGUGGAAGGGAAGACUAUUAUAUUCUGUCGGGGGCAAAGGGAGUCGUUGGAUUUAUUAUUACAUUUAUAGGCAUGUGUUACAGAACUCCCCUUGUUUAGGUAUUACAUUGAAAUGACCAGCAGUUCAAACAGUGUGCUGCGAACCAAUCUCACUUAUCACUGUAUGAAUACGCCUUGCCUGCUUCUGUAGAUUUCCUAAUAGGAGUUGUACAUGCAGAUGUAAUGGAGUGACAGACUUUGGUAACAGUUUAUUUUAGGUAUUCGUUAUAAGUGAUUAUGUUAUAUCAGUGGUACUUGUUUUUAAUUUGCCUAUUAAACUGAAGUUACCCCAAACUCCUGGCUCCUGUUCGUUUAAAUAAUAGACUUAAUUGGGGGUAGUUCUGAAACCCAGGACUGGGUCCAGGGGGAGUUUCAAGCCAUGCCUAUAGAAUGUAAAUACUUCUGAGUGACCCUGAGCAAAUGAAAGUCAGUAAAUCCUGCAAUCCCCCAUUUUGUGUGCCAACUAGAAUGGGUGCUGAUUGCACUGUACUGUAUACAAUCACUGCUGUUAAGUGAACCUCAGUGAGGAGAUAACCUCUUAUUUUCCCCACUUGGAAGAUGGUUUUUAAGGCAGCACAGGAAGUGCUUGUCUCAAGUGCAGUCGAUGCAGCCUCUAGUUAUAGCUGUUAUGAUAAGUGCUUUAAUCGAUUUUUAAGAUCCUGGACUUUAGAAUUUAAAACAAAAAAAAGGAUAUGUGCAGCUCCAAUUCUGACAACCCAGUCACUCUCGGCAACAGGGUGCGGUGCUGCCAGUGGGGGCCUUUGUGACGUGUUGUUUUUUUUUAUUUUUAUUAUUAUUAUUGAACAUGUAAUGUUGUAUUAUUGCAGGAUAAAGAGGGGUUUUUUUUUUUAUUUUUAAUUUUGCAGGCGCCUUUAUCCAAGGUGACUUGCAGAGACUUUGUGUGUGAAUUUUGCAUCAACUGCAGAGUCACUUACAACAGCGUCUCACCCGAAAGGUAAAGCACGUGACAAGCUUGGGGUUACACAAUGAGUCAGAGGCUGAGCUGGGAUUUGAACCCGGGACCUCCUCUCCUUUUCUUUUCCACUACAUCCUGUGGUUAAAGAAAAAGGCUUGUAACCAGGUCCCCGGCUCAAAUCCUGAGGCUGAAUUGUGAUUUAAACUAUAUAAACUAACCUAAAUAAUACUUUUAAAGCUUUGUAGUUGAAAAUAACAAAAUACAGUAUUUCCCAGGAAAGUUCCAUAACAUUCUGUUAACUCAAACUAUUUAGAAUGGAAUGGUAUCAAGGGGUAGUUGUCCUUGGCUAUAUUCUUUAAACCUCACUGUGUAAAAUAUUCCAUAAUGCAGAAAAGCAGACUGUUGCCUAGUAACAGACAUCCUCUAAGAUACUGUAUAUCUGAAUCUACUAUGAUGUAAAUAUGUUGUGUUUUGUUUGCAUGUGGAUUUUUUUGCUUUUUUUUUUGUGAUUUAUAUAGAUUUUUUUUUGUGAAUGUUAUUUAUGUGUUUGGUGAUUGCCGUGCAUCUCUUUGGACGAUAUCUGCAAAUGUCAGGCUUUAGAAAACUGUUCAGUGCAGUGUGUUAGAGGCAUGCUGUAUCACCUGAAAUAAUCACAAACUCCUUUCCCUGCACAAAAAAAAAAAAAAAAAAAAAAAAGAGAGGAGGUCUUUAAUUCAGUUGCCAUGGUUGCAAACUGUUUUGUCCAGCACAGGCAGCCUCUUUCUAGCCUCUGCAUAGCUUUAGAGCUCUACUGGUAGAGGCAAAGGAAGUCAAUGUUCAUAUUUUAUUUUUUGUUCUAUGGAAUAUAAAAUAGAUUCAAAA